AUGCCUUUGAGAAGAUCUACUAGGGAAAGAAGAAGUGCUAUUCCAGAUGAUUAUAUAGUGUUUCUUCAGGAACAAGAGGAUACUGUAGACAUGAUAGAUGAUGAUCCAGAUAGUUUCUAUCAUGCCAUGCAGAGUUCUGACUCUCAUAAGUGGAUUGAAGCAAUGAACGAAGAGUAUAAGUCUAUACAAGACAAUCAAGUUUGGGAUCUUGUUCUUGGGAUCUUGGCACCCGUUGGAGCUCCAUGGAGAAAUCUUAGAAGAAUUUGCAAUUCUUACAUUUUUGCAAAUCAGAAGCUUGAUUCUGAUCAAGAUUUACGACGAAAGAAAAUCCAAGAACUUGUUAACCAAGUUGAAGAAAGUUGCCGCCUUGGUGCUGCUGUGGAUAUUGGGCAAGUCGCUUUCAAAGCUAUGCUUAAUGUUUUGUCUACCACUAUAUUUUCUUUAGAUUUGAGCGAUUCGGAUUCCGAUAUUGAGUUUAAAGAAGUUGUGAGGUGCAUUAUGGAUGAGGUUGGUAAAACAAACUUGGCUGAUUAUUUCCCUUUACUUAGAAAGAUUGAUCCACAAGGUAUAAAGGGUCGCUUGACGAUUCAUUUCGGGGUAUUGUUUGAUCUUUUUGAUCGUAUAAUCGAUGAACGGUUGUUGUUAAGAAAACAGCAGAGCUAUAUUCCUUCAAACGACCUGCUUGAUACUCUUCUUUCCCUCAAUGAAGACAAAAAUGAGAAUUUGGAUAUGAAUUGCAUCAAACAUUUGUUUUUGGAUUUAUUUGCUGCUGGAACUGAUACAACUUCAAGCACAUUAGAAUGGGCGAUGACAGAACUACUUCGCAACCCCAAGAUUUUAACAAAAGCUAAAGCAGAGAUUGAGCAAACUGUUGGCAAAGGAAAAUUGAUACAAGAUUCAGAUGUUGAUAGGCUGGCUUAUUUACAAGCAAUCAUUAAAGAAACCUUCAGAUUGCACCCAGCAGUUCCAUUACUACUUCCUCGCAGAGCAGGAGUAGAUGUAGAAAUAUGUGGCUUUACAGUUCCUAAAGAUGCUCAAGUGAUGGUCAAUGCAUGGGCAAUUGGCAGAGACCCUAGUUUAUGGGAGGAUCCAGAUUUAUUUAUGCCAGAGAGAUUCUUGGGUUCGGAGAUUGAUGCUCGGGGAAGAAAUUUUGAGCUUAUUCCAUUUGGUGCUGGACGAAGAAUUUGCCCUGGAUUGCCAUUAGCGACAAGUAUGUUAUCCUUAAUUUUGGGAUCGCUUAUUAAUUCUUUUGGUUGGAAACUUGAAGAUGAGAUUACAUCUCAAACUAUGGAUAUGGAAGAUAGAUUUGGUGUUACUUUGCAGAAGGCUCAACCCCUGCGAGCUAUACCUUUACCAUUGCAACGUUAAUGCACAAAACAAAAUGUCAUUACCGAAGUUUCAUCUUUCUAUGAAAUAUGCACGUCAAAGGAGACGUGUAAAGAAGAGAGGGACCGCACCAAAAAAAAAAAAAAGCAUAAUUCCUCAAUUUUGGGCCUUUUCAUUUUAACUAUUAUUGGUGACUACUGUCUACAGGUUUAUUAUUUUAGAACGUGAAAGUGAAACCAUUGGCACUAUUAACUAGUGUUACGAGAGAUUAAUGUACCGAUAAAGAUAAAGAUAAGAAUUUAAUGAAUUGAAAAGUUGGACCGGUUGAA